CCCAACUCCAGCAGAACAACUCGACCCGGGUCCCGGGUUCAGUCCGUUCUACUCCGCCGUGGCCUCCAGCACCAGCAGCGGCGGCUCACGCAUCGCUCGGCGCCUGCCCCGGGCACCGGAGCGACGACCGGCACAGCGCAGCCCCACACCGCCGAGGAAAGGAGAAAGGCGCCGAGUCCAGGAGCGCGUCGCCGCGGGGGCUCGGGAACGCGGUGUCGCCAUCGCGGAACCCUAGCGAGAUCGCCGGGAAGGUCCGGAGGCCAGCACGUUGUUUCUGUGUAACCUUUCUUCCCUUUCUCCCUUUGCCGGCCGGCCCUUCAGCGGCGACGAGUGCCCACCAAGGCGGUGGUUUACCGUGAGCUGAGGAAGAUGUCUGGAACUCCAGUCGGCGUCGACAACACUUCUAGGAGGAAAUUUGACAAGGAAGAGUACUUGGAGAGAGCUCGACAGAGGGAGCAGCGGGAGAAGGAUGAAGCGCGGAAAGGCAAGGAAAGGGGUCCUCCUGUGCAAAGACAGCCUUUGAAACACAGAGACUAUGAAGUUGAUCUUGAUUCUCGUCUUGGCAAGACCCAGGUGGUGACCCCGAUUGCACCGUUGAAUCAGCAGGCUGGGUACUACUGUUCUGUAUGUGAAUGUGUUGUUAAAGAUUCAGCCAACUAUUUGGAUCAUAUAAAUGGCAAGAAGCAUCAGAGAGCGCUGGGCAUGUCUAUGCGUGUUGAAAGGGCAUCACUUGAACAGGUUCAGAAAAGGUUUGAGGCACUUAAGAAAAGGAAGGACCCAAGCGCCUUUACUGAACAAGAUUUGGAUGAGAGAAUAAUGAAACAACUGCAAGAGGAGGAGGAACGGAAGCGGCAACGCAAAGAAAAGAAGAAAGAGAAGAAAAGAGAACAGGCAGCCCAACAUGAACCUGAGGAUGUUGACCCUGACAUUGCUGCCAUGAUGGGUUUUGGCGGGUUCGGUUCCUCAAAGAAGUGACCGCUCUGUGUGACCUUCAUGGCUUCGCCCCUGAAGAUAUUGCUCGACCCCAUAAACACCUUGCUACAAAGAAUCAUUUUGACAGAUCUGCGAUAAGAUUUGAAUGGACUGGAUGCAAGGAUACUGCGUUUUGACACUGGGAUAUUGAACUUUGUGCAUGGGAGUUGAUUGUCAAAUGGAGCAUCUAUGGGUGUUUUGGAGUAAACAUGUUUAUUUGUUACUUGGGGGAUUCCGGCCAUAGAAACCGUUGGCAGUCGUGAUUAUUUGUUGUGGCAAUGCAGAUGUACCAAGUAGAAUAACCAAAAAAAUUGCUCUCCUUUUCAACAAGAAAAAACUUGUGUGUUGCACUUAGCAGGUCCCUUGAUUAUGAAUCUUAAUUUUCCAAGA